AUGGAUAGAGAGGAGACAGACACCGUAACUUAUUCUAAAAUACGUUGGAGGAGCUUGCAUAUAAACCUAUUUAAGCUUGCUAAACAAAUUAUACCUUCCGAGACUAAAGGUGACUUAGAGCUCGACCAGAGCGAGUGGAGUGCAAAGUAUGAGUCCGAUCAGUCGGUGACAGGGAUGUGCUUUAGCUCUUUUACCGAAACGGGACGAGCUGCAUUUAGGCUUGUGUUUCAUGCACGUCUUACUCGAGGCAGAAGGAAGAAUUCUGCCUCUAGAUUUGAAAACCAGGCGCAUCAAGCAGGAAUGCCAGAGUUACUACACCUUUUGCGGGAGGUUGUUACAAGGGGCCCGUGGUGUGCGAUCGAUCUGAGAGAUCAGAGUUUAAGUGCGGCGCCCCAGCUUGCUGCCGCACAGGCCGUGCAGGCCAAUCACAUGGUCGAGCCUAAUGCUGAUAGAGUUGCACCUCGCUCGUUUAUCCGUGCUUGA